AUGGCGAAAGAACCGCCGACGAAGCGCCGCCGUCUAGCCCCCAACGCAUCCCAUACCGAACGCACAGACGUACCACUGCAUUCCUCAACAGAAUCCUCUGAUAACUCUGGACAGCUGCUCCGAGUCCUGAAGGUCCUCACCUGCACGUCGUGCCACCGCUGUCUGAAUGUCAAAUCUGGACAUGUUCUCCUGUGCGCGAGGUGCAAUGCGCCGACAUGCACCAUCUGUUCGCGAACGUGUGCCGCCGCGCCACCCUCGUACCCGCCCACACCACGGCUCUCGUUCUCACCCACGCCUCCCGCGACCCCUGCGCCCUCUCCCCGCCGCGCCGCACUUAGCCUAAGCAAUACGAACAGCCAAGCGACACCACGCCGAAGAAAGUUCAGGGACGGCGAGGAUGGAAGUGUCAAGGACGAGAACGCAUACAGUGACGCGGGUGGCGAGGAUAGCCUCGAGUCUGCUGGGUGGACGCCAGGGUGCGGGAGGAUUGUGUGCAGGGGGUGCUGCUUGGAGCUUCCACAGAGGUGA